AUGAGUCCAACAUUGAAUCUCGACGUGGAGAAGCGCGCGGGGACCGCAGAACCAGCACUUUUUGAGGAUGAGACGGGCGCGGUCCCUGCCACUAGCUUUGAGCAUGGUGAUUCUCUGUAUGCAAAGCUUCAACGACUCGGGGGCAAGAUAAAUGUCGAGCAACGAGGCAUCGAACGUGUGCCGGAGGACGAACGAACGGACAAUUCAUACUGGAAUAUUGGUUCCAUGUGGCUGGCUGCCAACAUGGUGGUGCCGUCGUUCACCAUUGGGGUUCUGGGCAAACCGUUGUUCGCCAUGGGCUUUGUGGACUCGGUAUUGGUGAUCAUCUUUUUCAACAUGAUCGCGGUCAUGACGGUCUGCUUCUUUUCCGCCUUUGGUCCUGCUUUUGGAUUGCGACAGAUGGUCUUGUCGCGAUUCUGGUUUGGAUGGUGGGGGGUGAAGCUGAUCGCCAUAUUCAAUGUCCUAGCAUGCAUCGGCUGGGCUGCGGCAAAUAUCAUCGUCGGGGCGCAACUGAUCAAUGCCGUGAAUCCUAGCGUUCCUGGCUAUGCAGGUAUCCUCAUAAUUGCAAUUUGCACUCAGCUUGUGGUCUUCUUUGGAUAUCGAGUGGUGCACGCGUAUGAGUACUGGAGUUGGAUUCCGACCUUUAUCGUUUUCUUAGUUGUGCUCGGUGUAUUCGCCCAUUCCGGAGAUUUCGUGAAUGUCCCGAUGAACGUCGGUCGUGCUGAAUUGGGAUCUGUUCUCUCAUAUGGAUCAACAGUCUUUGGAUUCGGUACCGGAUAUACAAGCUUCGCAGCAGACUACACUGUCUAUCAACCAAGCAAUCGUCCUCGGCGCAAGGUGUUCCUUGCCACCUGGCUGGGCAUUUUUCCCACCUUGCUCUUCACGGAACUCCUUGGUGCUGCGAUAGUCACGAGCACCGCUAUUAAUGGGGGAGACAAUGCAUAUCAACAGGGAUGGGAUGAGGCUGGCGUCGGAGGCCUUCUUGGUGCUGUUCUAUUCCCAAGUGUUGGAGGAUUUGGCAGAUUCUGCGUUAUUAUUCUUGCGCUUUCUAUUGUCGCCAAUAAUUGCCCAAAUAUCUACUCGGUUUCGUUGACUUUGAUGGUCAUGGGGCGGUGGACUCGUCACGUUCCUCGGUUUGUCUGGACGGUCUUUGCUACUGGGGUUUAUAUCGCUAUUGCCAUCCCCGGUUAUAGCAACUUUGAAGCCGUGUUGGAAAACUUCAUGCAUUUCAUCGGAUAUUGGCUGGCAAUUUACGAAGGUAUCGCGUUGACUGAACAUUUCGUGUUUAGACGAGGAUUUUCCGGUUAUAACCCCGAAGACUACGAUGACCGGGACAAACUCCCCCCGGGUAUCGCGGCUUUGCUUGCAUUUUGUUGCGGAAUUGUCGGCAUGGUGACUGGAAUGAGUCAGUCCUGGUGGGUUGGUCCUAUCGCCAAGCAAGCGGGCUUAUCCACUACAGGAGGCGAUGUUGGCUUCGAGCUAGGGUUUGCAUUCGCUGCCGGGUCCUAUCUGAUUCUCAGAACGAUUGAGUUGAAGAUCUUCCAGCGUUGA